AUGGUCGACCUUGCCACGGCGUACAUGAAGAAUGGAUUUUAUGCAGAAUACGAAUCCUCCCUCCGCCACCCCAGGCCAGAUGGGUUCACUAGAACUCCCUGGGAUGAAAUCUGGGUCAAGUACAAGCCACGCGUCGUUGAAGGUGCUUCCCAGUUCGAUGAAGUAUCGAUAGAUCAGGUCCGCACUCAUUUUAAAGCUUGGGCAACUGAGCAAAAUAUGCUCGAUCGCUUUCCUAGUUACCGCAUGUUUAUUGGGAUUGACGAAGAGAAUUUUCAGACACAAAACGCCCCACUUCCAGGGGGCCGGCCACAAACAUUAAAGGAUAGCCGGCGUCAUUAUGUUAAAGUCGUUGAGGAAUUGGAGGAAGACCCAGAGCCGCCGUGUCCAGGGUGA